GAUUGCGUUGCUGGGGAUUUUAUUUUGAAGGGCGAGAUAAUCAGGGCGUUCAGCCACAGCGGGCGGGCAGUGUGGCGCAGGCCUACAGACGUCACAUUCCACGCACGCUGUUUGUUGCUGGCCUUGUUCUUGUUGACGGCUAAUGUAAAUAAGAGAUGCGCCGGGAGCUGUAGUUUCUUUGUCAAUAUUAUUCACCUGCGGUACUUCACAGGCACGACUGUCAUUUCGGAAACUAGUAACGGCCCUCGAUCUGCUACUCGAGAACCAUUGUAAGCGCAUAGAAGCGAAAGUCAGGCAUAACACGACGGAUUUGGGUUGAUUUGAAAGCGAACAACACAACACAUACCAAAGCACAUAUCGUCAACCUUCAUAAGAAGCCAUGGCGUCGGUGUCAUCGCUAGAUAAGGACUUGCGCAAAAUGCGGUUGGACAAAUAUACUCCGCAGGCAGCGAAUGAAGUGCGGGGCUGGAUAGAAGGCAUCCUUGGUGAGCGACUCGCCGGAGGCGACCUGCUCGAUGCACUCAAAGAUGGCGUCGCGCUAUGCAAGCUCGUCAACCUCGCUGUCCCCUCGCCCGGCGUCAAAUUCAAGACCUCCGCCAUGCCAUUCGUCCAGAUGGAGAACAUCUCGCUCUUCCUCCGAGCCUGCCAAUUGCCGCCUUUAAAUCUGCAACCGCAUGACGUCUUCCUCACUGUCGAUUUAUACGAGCAGAAAGAUCCCACGCAGGUCCUACAAUGCAUUGGCGCAUUCAGCAGGGUUGCGAACCAGGUGCAGCCAUCGAGGUUCCCCACUGCUAUUGGGCCAAAGUCGAGAUCGGGAGUCAUGAGCCCCCAAGGCACCGGAACCCCGACAGUUGGAGGAGGGGGCUUUGGGAGUAGGGCGCGAGGCGCUAGUACCACGAGCAAUACGUCGUCAGCUUACAACCAAACCGGGCGUAGUGGCGCCAUGACACCAACACGAACAGGCGAGACGAACACGGGGCGGCGGAGUCCAACGAAGGCUGUUAAUUUGUCCACUUCACCAGGUGGUGGCACUAGCAGUUGGAGCAAGAAGACAGACGAAGGUGUUACGGCGCCUGCUUGGAAUAUUGCACAAUAUGGAUAUAUGGGCGGCGCGAGCCAGGGAAAUAUGGGCAUUGCAUUUGGAGGUCGGAGGCAAAUUACAAGUGCUGGGCCACACGUACCGAAUAUGGCAGAGAAAGUGAGGAAGAGGAAAGAGCAGGAGGCUGAGGAGGAGCGGUUGAGGGUGCAGGCGGAGGAAGCGGAGCAUCAUAGGCGAAUUGAGCGCGAAGCUGAGGAGGAGCGUGCCAGGAUUGAAGAAGAAGAACGAUGGGCGGCAGAAGAGAGGAAGCUGAAGGAACAGGCAGCUGAAGAGAAGAAGAGGUGGGAGGAGGACGAGAGGCGCUGGAAGCAGGAAGAGGAGAGACGUCAGCAAGAAGAACGGGAGGCCGAGGAGCGCCUAGAGAAAGAAACUCGACGAUCACGGGCGACUUCCGACGCGCGCUUGCAAGGUCAGUUUCUAAGUCAAUAUCAGGCAGAACGUGGCCUCGCUCGUAGAGAUCGGAGCAAAAGCCCAGGACCGUCGGGUAGAGUUCAAGAACUUGAGCGUGAGCUCGAACUUGCACGAGAUCGUGAGCGACGGUAUGAACGCGAGCGCGAGGAGAGAGUUAAAUCGCGCGAUCGCGACGCUACCGAAGCUCACGACCUUUCGUCUCGCCUGAAGCAGAGAGGCCCGUCUAGGACGCGUAACCGAUCUCAAAGCCGACCACGAGCCCCGUCCCAUAAGAAUAGCGAAGAUUCAUGGGUUGCUGAUGAGCGUGAUUACCUCCGCAAAGAAUGGUCAAAGCAAAACCACGACGAUACUCCGCCGCCGAAACCCUCGCGCAGCAACCAGUUUGCUGACGAGGCACCACCGCCACAGCCUCCACGGGGGUUUCAGCAUACAGAGGAGGCUGCCCCCUCAAAGCCACCACGUCCGCUACCUGAGCCAGUAGCGCCUAUUCGAGUUUUGAAAAACAAUACUGGCCCGUCUUCGCGCCCGCUGCCUGACCCUUCAGUCUAUCAAUCCCCACCUUCAGCAGCAGCGGCACCUCAGAGCCGCACAGACCGAUACCUUUCCUCCAACCCCGCCCCACAAGCCGCGCAGCCACAAACAACCUACGCAUCUGAGCUAGGUGCCUUUGACUCCACUGCGGAGCGUGAUGCCGAAGACCGCCGGCGAGCAGCAUCCCAGACGAAGACCAAAGCAGGUGGCUGGGCCUCGAAGUCGCUGCUAGAGAGGGAGAUGGAGAUGGAGAGAGAGCGACAGAAGGAAUGGGAGGAGGGGCAGAAGGCAACUGCGCAGGCGGCGAAGAUGGGAGGACAGACGGAUGGAGUAGAUGGAAUUGGAGGAGGGAUUGGAGGCCGAUGGGAUGUGAAUCAGUGGACUGGGUAUACAGGUGGAGAUGGUCAGAAUAGGGGUAAUCAGGGGAUUGGGGCCGGGAGGAGGCAAAUUGUGGGGCCCAGGCCACCGCCCCCAGGACGUUGAAUAGGAAAAAGUAGAGUGUAGAGUUUGGCAGGAGUAAAUAGAGUUUCUCUAGUUGUUGGGCAUUUGGGACAAUACUGGCUCUUGGAACUACGUUCCUAGAAGUACGCUACACAGUGUAGUCUAUAUACCGCUAGGCGGUAUAUAUACUACUGUAUGUCCAAAUUUGUGCUCAACACUAUUAACCGAUGUGAGAAUAGCAUCACGUGUUAGCUUCGCCGAUUAACCGCCGAUCACGAAUAAGUACACAGUGUGACUGACAAGACACUUCCUUCUCCACGACAUAAGGCGA